UGGCGAGCACAGGGAUUCAGUAUCAGUGCAGAGUUGUGUAGUCUUCCUUACCAACAGAGGGCGCUGUAACUAACAACUGGCUAAACCCUCACUGUAGGAGAAGCGUCAACAUUCCACAACAGUCAGAAGUGCGUUUCCAGGUGUAAUUUGUACAGUUCAACCUGGAUUCCAGGUACAGUCGUUUUACUCAUAAUACCACGAUACCUUUUGGAAAUUCACGACAACAACCGGGAUUUAAUCCAGACUGACAGUAGGUAUUAACAAAAACAAAGAAAUGCCUUUCUGCUGAGUUUGGGACUUCUGGAAAACAACGACAGCCAUGAGGAGGAACAAGCAAUGGGACGUGAACAAGGCCAUGCUUCUGUCCAGGCUCUUUCAGUUCCUGCACUGUGCUGGGAAGGCAUGUGCCAUCCCCUUUCUCACUCUCUAUCUCAGACAUCUUGGACUGACUGCUUCCCUGACUGGCAUCAUAAUGGGCACUAAGCAUUUCAUUAACCUGGCCUGGGCUCCGCUGAGCGGUUACUUUGCCAAGCACUACAACAAACGAAGGGUAGUAAUACUGAGCUCGCUGCUGUGCUCCAUAGGAGCAGGGCUUCUCCUGUUACUCAUUCCACCGGCAGACAAGGCAACAAUGACCAGGUACUGCAAUAUCAGUGCAUUUGCUGGGUUUGGGUUGCCAGAAACCGCAGAGGACACAAUAAACUUUAGCCAGUUAGGAAACACUACUAUGACUGUACAUGCCUUCACAACCCUUAUAUCCCCUACAGCACUCUCUAAAAUUAAUACAAAACACAUUGCAACUGCAGGAGCGGGUCAGACGCUUAAUGAUGCAAUAUUAGCCACCGCUGCUGCAAGUAAACAUGAAGUUAAACGAAUUGCUCACCGACAAUCCCAUAGGGAAAAUCACAAGAACGAAGAAGGGGCUGAUAUCCCAGAUAAUUCUGAUUCAAAAAGAUCAGUCAGGUCAAGAUCUUUAAAAACUGGCUCCGCACAUGGGCAAAAACCCACAGAUGUCGUUUUGGAGGUCCAGCACCAGCUUUUCUUCCUAGUCCUCAUGGCUGUAGCUCUGUGGGAGGUCCUAUCCGCCCCUUUGGAAUGGAUUGUGGAUGAUGGCCUGUACGAGUACCUGGAUUUUGUGGAUGCGACUGACGGUUACAGCCGGCAAUGGAUCUGGGGGUACCUGGGGGCAGCAUGCAGUGCCUGUGGCGUGGGUCUUUUGGUAAGCAACCUGGACUGCUUGCUAAAUGUCCAUAUUCACCGGAGCGCAGUCCAUUUCUAUAGCUAUGCUAUUCUGAUUACCUUAACGCUUCUCACAGGCACCUUCUUGCCAAUUCAUGUCAACAGGAAACAGGAGCAGACAAACAAAGUUCUUAAAGCCCUGCACCUCAUCAGCAAUGACGGCAGAGCCACGUUGUGUGCGCUUACCGCCUUUAUAGUUGGAGCAGUCGGCUCUGCCAUUGAAAAUUACCUCUUCUGGCAAAUGCAGGAGAAAGGCAGUAGCGAGUUCUACAUGGGAGCCUCGAUAGCAAUCACGCUGUUCGCUGAGAUUCUGCUCUCCUUCUUCAGCGACAAGAUCCUGAAGACUGUUGGCCAGAGUGGGACCGUAGCACUGGGGAUGUUAUGCAUGGCGGUCCAGUGUCUCUACUACUCCUUCCUCUGGUCUCCAUGGUCUGUGUUGCCUAUUCAGUCUUUGAAUGCGUUUAGCAGUGGAGCCCUGUGGUGGGCUCUGAAUGCCCAGUGUGAAGAUGUUUCUACUCCAGGAAUGGAGAGAUCUGUUCAAAGGGUUUUUCAAGCGCUCUCGCUCGGCCUUGGCGCUGGAAUUGGCAGCUUGGCGGGUGGCUUCAUUGCCAGCAGGUUCAACUUGGAGGUGCUUUACAGGGCGGCAGCAGUUGUUUUGGUAAUCUGGUCAGUUGCAUUCCUGAUAGUACAGUCCAGGAUUCCCAGGCAGAAGAGGGUUAACUACUCCCGGCUUUUAGCGGCUGACAACAGUGACCUUAGUGAUACAGAGACAGAUCAGGAGAGAGACUGGCUUGUUAAUGCCAUGAAGGACGAAAAAGAGAAUAACAGCUGGUGAAGGCUGAAUCAGUAGUGUUUACCUGUGCACUGACAGAGAGUAAAGACUGGAUCAGUAGAGUUUACCUGUACACUGACAGACAGGGAGCACAGGAUUUGAAAAGUGCGCGAUUUUGGAUCAGGGGUUAAAAGCAUUUUGGGAAGUAAUGGAAAAUCUAAAGCUUGCCUUGACAAAUAUGUACCAAAAUAAAUGUGUGCCUUGAAGAUCUGAA